UUGCAGUGUAAAGUAUUGAAGACAUGCUUGUGCUACACUGUUCUGUGCUACACUGUGCUGUGCUACACUGUGCUGUUUAGGUGAAUGGCACAUGUAGAAAACCAGACUUAAUGAAGGUGUUGUGGUUGUAUUGUUUUAGAGAUCAGCAGAGUGGUUAAGCUAUGUGAAGACUGUUCUUGAACCAGUUAAAAUACUUGGUGGCUCCAUUGGCUUUGUUACUGGCUUACAAUAUUUAAUAAAAUGGGAAGCAAGCCUUCCUUCAUCCAUUCAAGUUCUGCUCUUAAUUGGAUUUAUUUUACUGUCUCUACUGGUUACUUAUUGUGUCAACAGUUCUGUUGGACGAGUGUAUUGUGCAGCUGUAGCAGUUCUAUUUGUGAUACAAUGGGUUAUUGCAUUUGAAAAAAGAGAUCCUUCUCGUGGAACUUGUUGGGAUUAUGUUCAAGACAGAAGUUUUGAGCUAUCUAACAGCAUUGACUUUGAAGAACACAUAGGAAUAGAUUCACUACGUUCUUCCAAACUUCUCAACAACUGGUAUAUGGACGAAAUAGAUGAAAUGAGGGCAAGCUGGACAGUGGACAAUACUCGUUGGUUGUUGACAAAACUUCUGCCUUGGACAGGCAAUCCAGGAUUCAUUGUGUUUUGUUGUUUACUACGAGGAAAGCACAAAUUGCCGAGAGUUGGAUGGGAAGUUUGUGAUGCUUGUGAGGAAUUUGAUUUUCAAAAGUGCAACAUCUCCAAGUCAGAAGCUCAUGCUUAUGUAAACAGAGAUCUUCCUUAUGAAACAUGUUGGGAUCUUAUUGUAUACAAAGGGCUUCAACUGUCUAAAAGCAUCAUCUUUGAAGAUCACAUAGGAGUAGAUCGACUACGUUCUAACAAACUUAUUGAUUACAAUGAUUCAAAGAAAAUGAUGAGUUUGAGGACAAAGUGGACAGUUGAAGAUACUUACUGGUUGCUGACAGAAGUUCUUCCUUGGAAAGGCAAUUUGGGAUUCAUUAAGUUUUGUUGUUUACUACUUGCAAACUACAAUAAUUUGCCAGAUGGUGCAUGGAAAGUUUGUCAUGAUUGCGAGGAAUUUGACUUUAGAACAUGCAACAUCUCUCAAUCAGUGGUGUUUUUUGUUGACUCAUCUUGUGUGUCUGUGGUCAUUGGUAUACUAGAUGUUGACAUACUCAUUCAUAUGAAGUACUUGACUGACACAGAUCAUGAUCAGAAGAUCUCGCCGUCUCAAGUUGUUUAUAAUGCAUCAAUUGUCUGCAUUGAUGAAAACAUCACUGCUACUCUAAUUCUGAAUAUUGAUAAAAAGUACAUUGACGAAGAUGCAUUUCAAAGGAACAUAGCUCGGCAACUGCCAGCUGAUCAUUCUGAGGUACAGUUAGUUUCUUGGAAAAGAAAUAGCACAUGGAUGUUGCUAUAUCUCUCAACCAGAGCUGGAUUGCGACUUGUGGAGACAGUUAGUAAGAGAGAGGCUAGAGAUCAAUUUGGUCAAAUGAUAGCCAAGACAUUGUAUGCAAAUUCAGCAAGAAAUGUCUCUAUUAAGGUGAAGAUAGGUGAUUUGCCACCCUCUACAAUACAUGUUACUCCAACUGGAAUUUUUCCAAUCAAAUUCGCUAAUGGCACCUCUCCAUUAAUUAAGUUUAAUCAGAGAACAUUAGGAGCAGUUUGUUUGGUGUUGUUAUUGGGUGUACCAAUAAUUAUUUACUUACUUUCAUCAUCUGUCUUAGCAAGUGGCAAGCAUGAGGUUGGGCAAGACCAUAAACUUGAUUCAAGUGUUAUUCACAGCACAGGUGCUAUUGAUCGUCUCGGUCCAACUGUUAAGGCUGAUUAUGAAGUUGCUGUGAAGAAGGGGAAGUUGUCAAUAAUGCGAGGGAACAUUGACAUGCUUGGUGAAGAAGAUGCAGGCAAGACGACAUGUGCUAUUGAUCGUCUCGGUCCAACUGUUAAGGCUGAUUAUGAAGUUGCUGUGAAGAAGGGGAAGUUGUCAAUAAUGCGAGGGAACAUUGACAUGCUUGGUGAAGAAGAUGCAGGCAAGACGACAUUGGGAGAUGCUUUUCUAGAUCAGCCAUUUAUAGAGAAGAGGGAAAGCAUGGUAGGGGCAAACGUGAAAGUGAUGAGAACGGGAGGCGGUCGAAACACAAACUGGAAGGAACUGAAACCAAAAGAGAAAGAAGAGAUCAUUGAUCAAGUUCUUGUCAGAGGCUUUCUUGCAUCUGUUGAAAGCCAACAACACAGUGAAACAACAAACAAGAUGGAGCGAGUGAAACAACCAAUUGAGACAACAAGCAAGGCAGAGGAAGUGAAACAACCAAUUGAGACAACAUACAAGACAGAACAAGUGACACAAGAUGACGAUGUAGAGGUAGCUAUUAGACAGGCAAGCCAAGAAGUGGAACAACAGUCAUUAAGUAGUAUCAACACAGUAGGUUUACCAACAGCCAGAGGAGGAACUAGUAAAGAAGGCAACGCUACGAACUUGAGGAAGCCACUACGCGAUUUGUUGUUUUCUAAAGAAUUAACCGAGGAGCAAGCAAAGUUAGCAGAGGAACUGCGUCGUGACAAGGCUGCAUUAGAAAAUAGUAAAAAGAUGGUGUUGAUCACAGUGUGUGAUCGCGGUGGUCAAGAGCAGUUUUUGAUGACACACGCAGCAUUAAUGGCAGACAACAGUCAGCACAGUGCAACCGCUUACAUGAUAGUGAUGGAUGGAACAAAGAGUCUUGCAGAUCCCAUACCUCAAUGUUUCUUCCGACCAGGACAAGGAAGCGAGCAGUUGGUCAUGCCACGUUUUGGCCCUACAUCGAGACGUGAGCUGUUAGCUUACCACAUGAAUGCCAUCAAGAUGGCACACCCAGUAGUGGGUUGUGGUCCUUUUCUUGGUCAGGGCUUCAUUGAUCAAGCACCAGUUACAUUUGCAAUGUCAACAAGACAAGACAAAACAAAGGACAUGGAUCCAAAAUUCUUAGAUGAACAAGAAGAAAUAUUGCAAGACAUUGUACAGAAGAAUGACUUUGGUGGUCACAUGGUGUUGGCGGAGGAAAACCCCAAAAAACUGACUUUCCGUGUUGACAACACACGAUCAGGCACUGGCAGUCCGGAUCCGGUGCUAACGAAGGUGAAGGAGAUAUUUGUAGCAAUGGUGCGGUCACUGUGGAGUCAACGAGAUGCUAUUCCUUUGACUUGGGCAGUUCUCGAUAAAUUGUUGAGCAGGGUGUCUCAACUGGAUGACAACGAAGGCAAAAUACUGGACAUCGAAGAAGUGUGUGCGUUGGCACGAAAAUUUUGUGACAUUAUGACACGAAGAGAAUGUCGAUUGGCACUGCAGUAUUUAUCAAGUUUGAGCACAAUUGCGUUUUAUUCUGAUGUGAGUGAGUUAAAGAAGAAGGUCUUCACUGAUCGGCAGUGGCUGGGUGAUGUUCUCAACGUUUUUGUUACCGUUCAUACGAGCAACGUGCCACCAGAACUUUGGGAAGAUCUGCAUAAAUUGAAGAAAGAAGGAAUGAUGUCAUGGCCAUUGGCUCACUAUCUGCUGCUGCAGAAAGGUGUCAAGGAAAGUCAGUUUGAGUCCAUCCUGUACCUGCUGCAUCUAUUCAACGUCAUCUGUCCUAUGAUCACAUCACCGGAGAUGCUGAAGGCUGUUCUGAAGGCUGGACAGUCAUUCUUUGUUCCUUGCUUGCUGGAACAGAGAUAUGAUAACAAGUUGGCAUGGCAACAGCUGGCCGGCUCCACUCAAUUUCCUCCCUCUCUCAUAUUUCGUCCUGAAGGGUUUGAGGCGAUUCCCGAGGCGAUUCCCGAGCCGAUCUACUUUCGCUUGGUAUCUCGUUGUGCCACUGAAUAUGCCAACCCUUGUCCCAUACUAAAAAGAGGUCAUGCUGUCUUUUGUGUGGAUGAUGAUCUUGAUCUGGAACUGGUUUACCAUGAACGGCGUUACAUUAUUGCUACAGUAUAUUCUCUACAUCAAGAGUUUUCUCGUGAUGAUCUGAAACAUCAAUGUAGCAUCAUUCGUCACUUUCUCAUUCAUCAGCUCAAUGAAGCCAAGAAACGAGGAUUGGAUGGCUUCCAGUUUACUGUAUGUGUUAAGCCUCCUCCAACUGAUGCUGAAGAUGCCAAAUCAAUAGAUGAUGACUCUCUUGUGUGCACUGAUAAAUAUCCGCUGCAAGAGUGUUUGGUGAACCGGAAGUAUGAUUAUGUGCCACUAGACCAGUUUCCUAUUCUGGAUAUCUGGUUUAGUGACUCAACGGAAGUCUCAGAUACUAAGACUGCUCUCUCUAAUCCUGAUGACACAUUGAAUGCGCAUCAGUUAGUCAAAGUUGCUGGUGAAGUUGCUCACGAGUGGCAGGAGUUUGUAGCACGUCUAGCACCAGCAUUGUUUUCUAUUGCAAAAAUUAAAGCCAUAAAUGAUGCGAAUUCAACGCCAUUUGAGAGGGCUCGUGCAGCGCUGUAUACGUGGACUGAUAAUAUGGGCAAAGCAGCAACAUGUCGCUUGCUAGUUUUACCAUUAUUGGAAAUGGGCAUGAGACAGCAGGCAUCUUAUCUAUUUGGAGAUGACUUGGUGAAAGCUAUUAGGGGUUUUGCAGCAACUACAGCAUCUCAGCUGAAGUCUGAUGCUGUGGGAAUGAACUUGGAACAGGUAGCUGAAUGCAAACUGAGUAGGAAGCUCCUCAUCGCUGUUGCUCGGAAGGUUGCUACGUACUGGACAGAAUUUGCUGCUUUUCUUCAUCCAGACAUGUUCACUUUACACAUAAUCAGAAAUAUUGAACGUGAACACCAAAGGCUGUUUGACCAGGCUCGUGCGAUGCUGGAACACUGGAACAAUUGUCUGGACCAACAAGCUAGCUGUCGUUUGAUUGUGAAAACAUUUCUGGCCAUGGAAAAGAGAGCUGAAGCAAGUUCUAUAUUUGGUAUAGACCUGCUAGAGUACAUUGAAGAACACAAUUAAUGAAGUGUUAGUUUGCAGACAUUAGUUAAUUAAAUUGGACUUUUGAUCUGUUGCUUUUAACCACAUAAACCAAGUUAUCUACAUGUAUGAUUUGAUGUCAAUAGUCAGUAUAGAGAUAUCCAACGUGUUAUAUACAGAUAUGAAAACACAUCAGGUAUUGAGAAU